AUGGCAGAUAAAUUGAAAACGACCUCUAGCAUAUCGUCGAAUACAACACAACAGGCUUCCACUGCUCGGCCCAAUAGCAGGGAGGCGGAGCUGAUGACCAAGCUGGCCGAACACAUCAGCGACAGCUAUCGAAUGGUCAAGCAUCGACAACAUAAGUUGUACGAUCUGACAAAUCAAAUGAAAAUGCAAGAUCACAACUCGGCCGCUGGUCGGUUGAGGGAUGGCAAAUUGUCGUCGGACGAAGAAUGGCAGGAGGUGUAUUCACCUAAAAACAAACUGAAGCGCAAGAAGACCCUCUCGGCGUCAUUGACUUCAGUGACAGAUUCUGUGAAUCAGGAAAAACGUACUCGUAUCGAGGGUAUACAAUUGAAUUGUCGCGGUAAAUUGAAUCUGAAGGAAAAUCAGAAUACAAGCGCGGAAAAUCAAAACCGAAAACAACAUCCGCACCAACAACAACAAACACAAAGGCGUUCAGCCAUAAAUUUGGAAAAGCCAGAGAAAUCAAAUGGCAAACCUCCGUUGCCACCAAAAAUCGCCAAUCAAAGUGAAACUACGCCAAAUGCCAAGGCGCCAGGAGUUACACCACCUCCGCCCAGACUCAAGCGUAAGCUUCAGGAGAAUGUUCAGACAAUACAAAAGUUAAAUGCUCUGGCAGAGCAAUUACGUUUGGAAAUUAAUGAACUUAAAUCCAACCUGACCACCGAAAGGGGAGCUGUACGAGUGCUGAGAGCUCAAAAUGAAGCUGAAACUCGAAAAUGGAAAGCCGAGGUAAAGAAACUGCAAAAUGUUGUUGAACAUUUGAAGAAAACUGGCGUCCCAAAGAAGACAUCCGAGACAUCCUCAACCAAUGCAAAUGCCGAUAACUUGCCACAGGCCGCUGUGGGCGGCCUCGUUAACUAUGAAAUCCAAAGACUGACCAAUGAAAUUAAUGCCUUAAAGGAAGCUAAUAAAGCCCUGGAAGAAAAGAAAGUGAUUAAUUGCGACGCUGAUAGAAGAAAAGCAGCUGAUAUACGCGAAUUAAAAGAUUCUUAUGAAAUCCGAUUGACUCAAAUACAAAAAUCUGCCAAAAUUGAAAUAUCACGAUUGCUAGAGGAAAUAAAAACCAAAGAACGUAAUAUUGGGCAACUGAAAAAGGAUUUACAGACAUUACAAAACUCAAAGAGUUUUACCAGCAGAAAUGCAACGACAAAUAAAUCAAAUAUUUCAACGAAUAAAACGACGACGCUUAAUUUAGAUAAAAAACCAAAGAUUAGUACUAACAACUGCAACAGCAACAACAACAAUAAUAAUAAUAGCAACAAUGCAACUACAUCAAGUAGUAGUAAUAAUAAUAAUGACAAAACCCAGAUGCUGCCACCUAGCGGUGUUUGCUGCAAUUGCAAACAGCAAAUGCCGCCGCAACAGCAGCAGCAACAACCACCACAAACGGAAAUCCGCCAAACAACAUCGUCUAACGAUGUUGCAUCAAACAUCCCCAUCACACCUGUUAAGGAAGAAUGCAACGUGGAAACAAAAGAGAAGGAAACCCAAACAGAGUUGGAAAACUCCGAAGAGAUUUCCAAAUUGAAAAAUAUUGAACUAAUUAAUAACACAAAAAAUGUCACAACAACGAAUCUCCAGAGAUCAGCAACAAAAAUACUCACCAGCCGCGACAGCGGCAAAGAUGUUGAAAAUGUGUCGGCAUCUCUAAAAUCCAUACACCAACAAUUGAAAGCACUCGAUAUACCUGAAGUACAACAACACAACAAUUGCAUGAAUCUAAUCAAUGAGAAUGGACAAUUUAGUACGCUACUCACCACCUCAACCACCAAUAACCAUACCACAUCCAAUUGCAACUCUUCCUCUCCCCCAUCUUCUAAUGUAAAUGGAAAAAUGUUAGAAACUAACAACAAAGAGGAGCUGAUCGCCGAUCAUUCAGAAGAUGAUCAAGAACUGACACAACAUUUAAAUAACAAGGCCAUAGAAGAAGAAGAGAUAGCUAAGCAAACAGAUCUUCAUCACAAUCACAGUCACUCGGAUUCUGAUUCGGCAUUAUCCUCUGCACCGCCUAGUAUAAGUCCACAGCCGCCCGCUAAUGGUGUGGAGCCAACAGAUAUUUGGCAAACGAUACGCAGCUACAGCAAUGACAUUGAAAAGUUGCAGAAAGAAGUCGAUUCCUUGAAUAAGGAGAACGAUAAGCUACGCCAGGAAUUGAGUAUGGCCAAAGAACAAAUCAUUGAUUUGGAAAAUGUUGCAUUAGAGCACAAUACCAGUAAUGAAAAACAUCAACAAUUAUUGGAAAGAAUAAAAUGUUUGGAGGACAUCGAAAGCGAUCUAAGGGAACAAAAUGAACUUUUGGAAUUUAGAAUACUUGAACUGGAAGAUAAUGCUGGUGAUAAGUGGUCGCUACAAAGCGCUGUCAAUCCCGGUGCAAAUGUGCCACAGGGCAAUCAGAAUGUUUGGUCAUGUCCGUCGGGUGCUGGCCAAACGAAAACAGAUCCCUUCGAAAUGUUAUUCGGCAGUAACAGCCACACAAGUACAACGUCCAACAGUGCCCAGCUGGAUUCAGGCAUUAUAUCACCACAAAGUCAGAGCCAUCACGAUGAUCUAAUCGAUAUCAACAACGACGAGUUGUGUCGCCGUCUGGGCGACCUGCUGAAGAAGACGACGCUCGAUGAUGAGGAGAAGCAUUGCUUGCAACAGGUUCUGAAUUUGGUGCAACAAUUGGAUGCCCUAACACCGCGUAGUGGUCCCAGCUCACUGCUGGCAAAUUCGUCGAGUGAAGAGGCCAGUAGCAUGGAUGGCUUGGUAAAAACGCGCAUUUCCGAAUUCAGCAGUACAACAUCAUCGCCAUUGUCUAGCAUUCGUUCGAAUAGCGACAAGUGCUGCACUUCAUCAGCUACAAAAUCAGCAUCAUCGUCAUCAACAAGUCCUGCUACGCCUCGCAUUGUUGCCACUGUCCAGCCGUACAACAGCCAACAGAUUGUACCGCACAACAGCCCCACAGAUUCGCCUCGCAAAGCACGAGUCCAGCACCAGUAUAACAAUAGUCUAAGUGAAAGUGGUGUGUUCGUAGAAUCCGAUUUCCUAAGCGAAUCGGGCGAGAAUACGGUCUGUACCCAAACCGAUUUCGACAACUAUCUGAGCACACCAACCAAAAACGUACCUGCCCACACUAGCCACCAUCUGCAUCCGUUACAGUACCCACCUUCGCCCAACCUAAGUGAACAAAAGCGCCUGCAAUACUACAAAGAACGUUUGGAAGCUCUCGAGGGCAAAAUACAAAUAUACGAGAGUUCGGGAGACGUGCAAGCCAAACGAUUGGCCGAGCGUCUGCAGCGCGAAAUUCUCCUCGAGAAAGAAGUUAAAGAGUUGCGAGAUCGCGUCGAAUUCUUGGAAAGUGAAAACUGCACCCUCGAGGAGGAAAAGUGUGAAUUUGAGGAGGCUGAGAAUGACACCAGACUCCGACUCCAGAGGUUAGAAAUCGAAUUGGAAAUUCUCAGUCAACGCAACGUUGAGCUGGAAAUGUCCAGAGAGGCGCUUAGUGCCAAGUACAAAGAUUGUCAUUCGGAGUGUCUGAUUUUACGUGACGACAUAGCAACAAACGAAACCCAUAUCCGCCAUCUGGAGGAAGACAAACAAAAGGCCAAAGAAAAUUUCGAAUUUUUACACAAUAUUUUGCCAGUGUUGUUGGUGUACAACACCGCCUGUACGAUAUCUCAGGCUCAGCAACAAAUACCACCACCCAUAGAACAGGGAACAACCGCAACAAAAGAAAUGGGCAAUCAAAUGACCGCCGCUUCAAACGGUAGUCGUUCUCCAUGUGCUGAGAUGGUGCAAAGGGAAGAAGUACGCAGUCCCGACAACUGUCUUUGCCACGAGCGGGAAAUUAACUACCUUAAGGAGGAAAUCAAAUGUCUACGACAUCAAAUCAAAGAAUUGAAUAGUCGGCACUAUGCGGCCAUGGAAUCUGCCGAUUCCCACUGGGUUGAUCUGGAAAGGGAAUACAAAGAACGCGAAGAGCAAUUCCGAUCGAAGGAGCUUUCUCUGAAACAGAAAAUACAAAAAUUGCAAGACUGUUUGCGUGAAGAUGCUCGUUCAGCUAAUGAGAAGAUUUGUCAACUAGAGGAGACCGAACAGGGUCUAAAGACCUGCCUUGUGAAGGUCUCAAAGGAACACCAAAAACUUGUCGAGGAGCACAAAUGCUUGGUAAAUGAAUUUGAGCGUCUCAAAGAACAGCACGACCAACUGAAGGAACAACAAAAGCCCCUAACCGAAGCCCUGGAUGUUGAGAAGAAACGUAACAAGGGCCUAAUGGACGAGCUGACCUUUAUGCGCAAGCUGCAGCAUGAAACCGAAAAUCAAACCAAGAGCGAACUGGAUAUAAUGCGCAAUCAGAUAUUUGAUUUGAAGAAGGAAUAUCUGCACAUUGAGGUGACAAAUGGUGAGCUAAGGGAAGAGGUGGCCACAUUGGAGCUGCAGGUGGAGACGCUGCAGAAUGCCCAUCGGGAUUGUGAAGAAAAGGUACGCUGUCUUACCGACGAGAUACGCACCAAGGAUGAAAUAUGCCAAAAAUUGGAGAAGCGAUUGGAACGUUCAGAAGGCUAUAGUUUAGCUGACGAACUGGGAGAUACACCUUCGAAGCGCUUCAAACGCGAAGAUGUCAAGGAUUUGCAAACAGCUAGCAAAGGUUUGGGUAAUGCCUUGAGACACAUGACUGAAUGUGAGAAGAUGCUUCCCACCCAAAAACAAUUUCAAACCGUAGCCCGAGAUGUCAAGAAACUAGCCGAUACUCUUCUACAUGGCGAUUUAAAAGAUGACGAUGAGAAGACGCAGCGUCCUCCGAAACUAAUUUUGACCGAAAUAACGAGAAUAUAAAUACACCUCAGCAGCAACCUUCAA